AUGAAUUCGGACAGGAGCCGGUCGCGCCGAGAGCGCACAUUUGUGGGGAGCGAGUGCGCCGUCUGCGAAGAACCGCUCGAGCACACGCUGCGUGGCGAGCGGAUACUGCAGUUCUCAUGCGCACACGUUUCACAUGAGGCAUGUUUUUAUGAGUUCAUCCGCGAAUUCGAGUCGCAGUAUUGCCCCACAUGCAACUCGCCACUACACCUCGAUACAAGUCGCGGGGGGAACAUUUUGGAUAUCGAGAAAAUAAGCAACAUGGUACGGGCAGUAUCUGUAAACGACUCGCGGUCACAGGCUACGCCUACCCCAACGCCGCACUGGGAAGAUCAUUCGGGGAGGCCACAUAGCCGAGGCUCGAGUGCCCGGCCAGGCGUCCCGGGGUCCGGCAGUCUGCGGGAUGGGACGCCCAGGAGUGGUCUGCGGGAUAGCCGCGACAGCCGGGAACGCCCGCCGUCCGAGCCUCGGUACAACGGCCGGGGACAUUCGCGGAACGACAGCGAGGCGACGGGUGUGGCCUCUUCGGGAGGCUACCCCGAGACCACACAGAGCGGGCCACCGCGGCGGCACGACUACGACGUGCAGGCCAUGGAGACGUCGCUGGCAAGUCCCCGAGCUGUUACGCGGAACCCUAUCCCGGCACCAACCGUCACUGUCAGAUCUGAAUUCCCGACGAUCAGCAGAUCGCGACAACAGCAGACUCUGACCUGCCUGGUGACUGUUGAGGUUCCGGAUAGCAAGUGGCGGCCAGACCCCGAGGACCUCCAGGCUGCCGCGCCACCCGUGGUGCCGUCGAGGACGGAAGAGGCUUUCGCGCGGCCGUCGUCUCCUGCCCGGAGUGCCCCUCGCUUCGAUCCUUACGAGCCACCGGAGGUACUGGCCGAGGUUACGGAGAAUUUACGCAACCGCGUGGACAACUGGCAUGGAUUGGAUUUCGCCCGCUUUGGAAAACUGCGGCUCUACGGGACACUCCGUGUGGGCAAGGAUAAGGUUUCGUGGCAGGAGUUGGAGUGCUUCCUCUUCGCCGAGAUGCUCAUUUGCGUCAAGGAGAAGAAGGCAGCCGCCCAGCCGCCGCAGGGACAGUGGGGAGAUGCCGCUCCACGCAAAACAGGCCGUUGCACGCUUAAGGGGUCGAUCCUCAUCAAGAAGCAUCUCAACGAGGUUUCGGAAACCGGCACUAUUGACGAGAAUAUUCUGACCUUAAACCUGACGGUUGCGGAGCUGCCGCAGUUCCAUCUGCGGUUCGAUAACCGCAACCAACUCAAACUCUGGCAGCAGGCGCUUCUGGACCUCAAUGCGCUUGAGACAUCACCAGUACGCAGUCCCGACUACGACCGAGGCGAAUUCUCCGAGGCGGAUGAGGACGACUGGCAGCGGACGCCUAGUUCUGGCCGGCCACAACGCGUGUCGUCGGUGGCUUCGUCAUGGGGCGGCGCGAAGUCGGCAACGACCGCCCCGACCGAAUACACAAGCUUCGCGCGGAGCCCGUUGCUGCCAUCCAUUCACGUGCCCGUCGACGUGGUGGUCGUCGUCCCCAUCUCCGCAUCGAUGCAGGGCGUCAAGAUCAACCUAGUUCGGGAUGCUCUCCGGUUCAUGGUGCAAGCACUCGGCGAUCGCGACCGCAUGGGCUUGGUGACCUUCGGGUCCUCUGGUGGCGGCGUUCCAAUUGUUGGAAUGACUACCAAAGCUUGGCAUGGCUGGGGCAAUGUCCUGAGCUCGAUCAAGCCGGUGGGGCAAAAGAGCCAUCGCGCAGACGUUGUUGAGGGCGCCAAUGUAGCCAUGGAUCUGCUCAUGGGGCGCAAGUACAACAACCCAAUCGCUACGAUCAUGCUCAUCAGCGAUGCCUCGACAUCCGAUGCCGACAGCGUCGACUUUGUAGUGUCACGAGCAGAAGCUGCCAAAGUUACUAUACACUCCUUUGGUCUGGGUAUGACCCACAAGCCGGAUACCAUGAUCGAGCUCUCGACAAGGACAAAGGCGUCGUACACAUAUGUCAAAGACUGGAUGAUGCUCCGAGAAUGCCUGGCUGGGUGUCUGGGCUCCAUGCAGACGCUCUCGCAUCAGAACGUCAAACUAAAGCUCAAGCUCCCCGAGGGCUCGCCAGCCAAGUUCCACAAGAUCAGUGGUGCGCUCCAGAUCACGAAACGUGCGACAGGCCGUGACGCAGAAGCAUCUCUUGGCGACCUCCGCUUCGGCGACAAGCGAGACGUUCUGGUGCAGCUUGUCAUCAUACCGGACAACAGCUCCCAGGAGCAGCUGCCACAGGACGCCUGGGACAACAUCGUCUCGGGACUGGAGGCUCUGGGCGGUCCGGUGGACCAGGACGAGCAGAGAACCGUUUCGGUGGAAGAGGUGCCCCUGAUCCAAGCCGAGUUGAGCUGGGGUGACAUCCUACGAGACGGCACACUGCAGCACACGCGGCCGAGCCUGCUCGCCAUCACGAUGCUGCCAGCAUCAUCCAACUCGAAAAAACCGUGGGGCAAUUCUCCCCCUAUCCCUCCCCACCCCCACAUCGUGCAACGGCGGAUGGAGCUGCUCACGUCCGACAUGUUGACCCGCGCGUUGACGCUGGUCAGCAGAGGGCAGCACGACCGGGCGCACACGCUCUUGAAUGAAACGAGGUCCAUCCUGAAAGGCCUCGGUAAGGGCGGUCUCCCACCGGUCCCACCGGUCGCUCCUGGAAAGUCGCAGCCGUCGACGCCGCACCCAGCCACCGACGGGUCGCCAAUCAUGGCCGGCACGCCGGACAGAAAGAACUCGCCGUCCCCGACCGCCGGACCAAACACGACAUCAGCGCCUGGCUACCCGCCACCGUUGAUCCCGCGCAGCCGGUCUAACGACGGGCUCGGCCUCGGCGGCAUGGGCACAGCGUCUGGGAUCGACGCCAACACUGUCGCAGCGCUCGACGCCGAGCUCGAGUCGAGCCUGGAGUGGAUCAAUCAUCCGGCUGUAUUCGGUCGCGACAGCCGCAAAGCCGUGUUGCAGGCCAUCAAUGUCAUCAGCUCGCAGCGUGCUUUCACAUUCCGCACGCCCAUUGAGAGCCUGUGGGCCGGCCGGAUCAGCGGCGUACGGCGGCUGACGGAGAAAAGCCGGGAGUUCCAAGAGGGGGGCGGCGAGGGCGGGAUUACGGAGGAGACGUAG